CCUCGCCAUCAGUCGACUCGAGGCCAUCGCGACAGUAUGAGCGCGCAACAAACAAAUAGUGCACGUACCGUAUAAGCGAUGAUACUCCAGUGAGAGUCCUGAUGAGCCAAGCUUGUCAAUCGAUGCGCUUCAGCACUCGCGAAUGGCCGCUGACGCAAUGUCGCUGCGUGCUUUCUCCUCGCAAAAGCCGCGGGCGAGCGCAACAAAGACGGCACCGUUCGUUUCGUUCGCUUUCAACUUCGCGUCCAAUGUCUGUUCUUCCAGAGCCGCAAACUGACACCUCAGGCUGGCAGUGGAAUAUGCUGGUACAACGUGACUCGCUGUGGCUGCCACGCUGUCUCCCCGUGCGUUGCGCGAAGUUGCAAGAUGACGGAGGUGACGGUGGUGACGUAGAAGGUUGGCGAUGGAAAUGGGGAGGCGCGCGGGCUUUCUAAGCAAAUUGCACGUCGCGCCAAGCCCUGCCAUCGGCCAGCUUCCAUAAGCGAGCCCGAUUUGUCCGCUUUUGCCGUUGAGUGAAGGGAAGCUUUACAGAUCGAAGAUCCCUACAACACCCCUCUCUCCUCCUCUACAAUCAACUUCCUGUUCAAUGUCCCAUAAAAUGUAGAGCAUCGACUUUGUGAUGUGGCCAUUUAACAGCUCGAUCGCCAUGGCGAAAGCACGCU